AUUUUUAAAAAGAAUGCUAAAAGAAUAGACUAAAUUUUACAGCCCAGCAGUGCAACAUUACUGAAGCAAGGAGGAAAUUACUAAUUUUAAAUAACAGAAAUACUUACUCUAGAGACACUGUUAUUUAUCAAUAAAUGUACAGUAAAUGAGUACAUAAGUAUAUAAUCUUUCAUGGUCAAAAUUAAGAAUAGGUUUUAUGGCAACAAAAUAUUUAUGUGUGAACGAGUACUAUAAUUAUUUUAAGAAACUAUCAUUGUGUGGGCCACAAAUUGUUGAUUUUGAUAAAGAGAAUAUUUUUCACAGGUAGCUGUAAGUUCUACUCACUUGUAUGUUAAUAAGAAAUACUUACUUAGCCAAGAAAAUACAUUCAAAAAUACAUGUGUAAAAUGAAUUAAAGCACAAAUGAAAACAGUAAUUGAAUUUUUUUACCUUUUGAUUCAACAAUAUCUCUACCCGCGGUACUGAAUUCAAACAGACCAUUGAAGCUCUACAUGGUUUUAAAAUAAAUGUUGCACUUCAUAGUCUCUUACUGUGGUGUUCUUUAAAUAUUUUAGCAUCUAUCUGUAAUAGGUUGAGAUGAUUUAGGUGUUUCAGAAGAGAAAACUGAGAAUGCUGAUGGAGGAAGCACUCUUCUUUGCUUGAAAUAUUUAUCUAAAUCAUUUUAAAUAUAGCUUACUAUUCUUGGGCUUUGCACUGGAAACAACUAUGAGUGAAUAAAACCUCUCAAGGCUGUUCUGCUGCUGAACCAGGCUUGGAGAGAGAAAUGGCAGGAGAGCCAACAGUAAACACAGCAGAUUUGCUUCACUGUUUAUGUCCCCAGAGUCUCCCUGGGCUGCUGCAUGGCUCAGUAUUAGAUUAUGGUUCACAUCUGGUCUGUGUGAUCACCAAAACAUUCAACCCACUUUGACAGCUGAGGCUUGGACUGGAUGAUCUGCUGCAGGAUGAGAAAAACCAGCUUAUGACAACAAACGUUUGGUUGACUCAGGAGUGGAUUGAUAACAAGCUGCGGUGGAAUCCAGAUAAAUAUGGUGGAAUCACCUCCAUCCGAGUUCCCUCAGAAAAUAUCUGGCUCCCAGACAUUGUCCUAUAUGAGAACGCUGAUGGACGCUUUGAGGGCUCCCUGAUGACCAAAGCUAUCGUAAAGCACAACGGUGCCAUCACCUGGACGCCACCCGCCAGUUACAAGUCUGCCUGCACCAUGGACGUCACUUUUUUCCCCUUUGACCGGCAGAACUGCUCCAUGAAGUUUGGGUCGUGGACCUAUGAUGGCAACAUGGUGGACCUGGUCCUGAUGGACAACCACGUUGAUCGGAAAGACUUCUUCGACAACGGAGAGUGGGAGAUUCUCAGUGCUACUGGAGCCAAAGGAAACAGGAAGGAUGGCUUGUAUUCCUACCCAUUCAUCACCUACUCCUUCAUCCUGAAGAGAUUGCCAUUGUUCUACACGCUCUUUCUCAUCAUUCCCUGUUUGGGUUUGUCCUUUCUUACUGUCCUUGUGUUUUACCUUCCCUCGGAUGAAGGAGAGAAGCUGUCACUCUCCACCUCUGUCCUAGUGUCCCUCACUGUGUUCCUUUUAGUCAUAGAGGAGAUCAUCCCCUCCUCCUCCAAGGUAAUCCCUCUCAUCGGAGAAUAUUUGCUCUUCAUCAUGAUCUUCGUCACCCUUUCGAUUAUCGUCACCGUCUUCGUCAUCAAUGUGCACCACCGCUCCUCAGCCACCUAUCACCCAAUGUCGCCAUGGGUUCGCAGUCUUUUCCUGCAGAAACUGCCCAGACUGCUUUGCAUGCGAGGACACACGGACCGGUACCACUACCCGGAACUGGCUCCGGAAAGUCCUGAACUGAAGCCUCGCUCUGGAAGUCGGAGGGGAGGUUGGAAGACGAGCAGCGGAGCAUGUGGACAGGCAGCUUCUGAUGGGAAGGAGGAAGAAGCCUGGGCCACCAUGUUGGAGAAAGCCAUCUACUCUGUGCGGUACAUCAGCAGACACAUCCGUAAAGAGCACUUCAUUCGCGAGGUGGUUCAAGACUGGAAGUUUGUUGCCCAGGUGUUAGACCGAAUCUUCCUCUGGGCUUUUCUUACUGUCUCAAUUCUGGGCACCAUCCUCAUCUUCACUCCAGCCUUGCAGAUGUUCCUGAAAAUCCCUCCUCCAACUGCAACCGAGGAGCCGCCUCUACACCAAUAAACAUCACCAUCUUUAUCUGUGGCAGCUGAAGGUCUUCACUCCAGAAUUUAUAAAAAGUUACAGCUGUGCAAGAAGAAGAAACGUUCAAAAACUAUAAAAUCCUCUGACCACAUUUAUAUACGUUUCAAGUGCACAAAAUAACAUUUCACAAAGCGAUGAGGGAGGGUUUUUGUUUUGAGGGCAGUUUAGUGCAUUUAUUUCUUCACAAACGGUAGGUCACACACGCUCACUCUUUACGAUUGAAUGAAUGCUGAUAUUUAAUAAACUGGAAUCUAGAGAGCAAAACAGAAAAAAGAUAUGCAUAUAGUGUAAAAGCUGGAUUUAUGCAUUUAAAUCACUUGCUCACAUUA